AUGGCAACAGUAAGAACAUACUAUGAUCCCUCUAUUGAAUAUACGUUGAUGAGGGGAGACUCUGGACAUCGCUUCCGGAAAAUCGUAAAGAUUUCAGGCGUCCUUUCGAUUUUUAUGGUGAUCUCAGUUCUGAUCGCGUUACUUUUUUAUGGCGCCAAACCCACCAGUUCAUCCUCUGAUAAGGACUUUGAAUGGAUUCGUCAACGACUGGGUACCAAGACUCCUUACCCUCAUGAGGAUAGGCCCGAGGGCCCAUUAAAGGAUACACCUAAAGGAUAUGAACUCGUUCAACUUCAUUUGAUCAAUAGACAUGGAACGAGAUACCCAGACCCCGAUGACUACGUUAGUUUUAAGGAUUUGUGGGACAAACUCAGUGACACAACUGUACCAGGCUUCGAAUGGAUCAAAACUUGGUCAAUAGAGAAAUUUUAUCCCGCUGCAAAAAGUAAUCUUCUCGCUUCCUCCGGUGAUGCUGACCUCUACGAGAUUGGUCGUCGCUUCUCGAGACGUUAUAAAGACUUCUUGGACAGGUACCCUUACGAUCCCUACAACUUUGAAUUCCGAAGUUCUGUCAAGCCGAGGAGCAGCCAGUCGGCCUAUGCUUUCGCGCUCGCUCUCUUUGAAGACCGGCCACCCGGUGGCGAUAACGGCGACGAUGCUGAUGACGAUGACAAAGGCCAUCAUCGUUCUACUAAAGAGAAGCGGCUUACUUUGCCUCCUUCCCAGCCUAUCGCUAUUUAUACUGUGCCAGCGGGAAUUGAUCAACAAAUGAAACUCAAGUCCUCUUGUCCAAAAUGGUUAGACGAGGUCAGUGGGCAGGAUAUUGUUUACAAGCAAAAGAGACUGUAUGAAAGCAAGUUUGCCCCCCAAUUGGCCAAGAGUCUCAGUGCUACUUUUGGUAUCAAUAUCAGCGCCGAGGAUGCCUCGACGAUCUACAGGCUGUGUGGGUUUGAAGUUUCGAUUUACGAUGAGGCAUCGACCUGGUGCCAGAUGCUGCUUCCUCUCGGUACUGAUAAGACCAGCAAGGAGGGCUCUCAUGCCGGUGAUGAGGAGCGGUACAUCAACUUUUUGAACUUUGAAAUCGCAACUGAUUUGGAAAAGUAUUAUAUCAACGGCCCUGGUGUGCCUUUCAAUCGUGAGAUGGGAUGUAAGCUGGGCUCAUCACUUGUUCAGACAAUUGACUUGGUUCUUUCCGAUUCCACUGAUAAACCUCGGCUUCCUGAAGAUGAUGAAGGCGGAGCAAAUAUCCCCCAUCAUGGGCACUUCAAGUUUGGUCAUUCCGAGACGAUCAUAUUCUUUUCAACUUUCUUGAACCUCUACAACCAAAGCGGCGCCAUUUUGACCGGCAAUUUGACUGCUGAGCAAUAUGAGAAGCGUGAGUUCCGCUCUAGCCUGAUUUCGCCCUUCUCUGCCAAUAUGGCAUUCGAGGUGUACAAACCCAAGACUAUGCAGUCCAAGACUGGUUCUCCUCAUGGGCUGGUUCGUUUACUCGUGAAUGAGAAGCCUCACCUGAUUCCUGGCUGUGGUUCGUCCAUGUUCUGUGAUUGGUCUUUGUUCAAGGACAUCUUGAUUCAACGUGGCACUGGAUGUGACUUUGAAGCUUGCUGUAGCACAUCCAAAUCAACCUUCACGGUUGCUUCUAAUGUGACAUGUCCUUCGACUACCCCUAUUGUCACUUGA